ACGAAGAAAAUUACGAAGAGUAAAGAGCCGACCUUUCUAUUAGAUUGAUAUCGAUAUUGUACCUUUUGUUCCGGAUAGAAACCAACGGAGAUAUCUUGACAUACAUCCUUGACCCUUGUGCUUGAGUCUUGGUGAUUAGGCAGAUUAGCGGAAUCUUUCAUCUUGAGUUUAUCAAAUAAUUAAGCUGUUAUGGCUAAGAAAUUUAAGUGACACAAUAUGCGUGUUUUAAAAGUGUCGGUCACAUCGAAUGGUAGAUGUCGGUCACAUCUACCAUUCGAUGUGCUAGGCUCUGAGCGGAUUUCAGAGUAACGAUGUUGUUUUGUUCACAUUUUGUCUCCACUUCUCAUCCGGACACACAUAAAUAUCGUGAUUAAAUUGGGCGCGUUGGACAGCCAAGCCGACGUGCCAUUUAUUCAAUCUCAACAGACAUUACAAAGAUUUGAAAACUGUGACUCGCCGGUUAAGCUGCUGGGUGGAUUGUCUCUUUGUCAAAAGUUAGCCUUGCUGAUUCUACUGUCUCUUGUCGCCCUUGUUCCUUUGUUCACUUAUAGUUAAUCAAUUAGUUCUUUUAUUUUUCCUUCAUCCAUAUAUCUAUUUGGGGAAUUCAAAAUAACCGAGUUCGAAUUGGCAACUGUACAUGUUCUGUGAAAACGUAUUAUUCGAAAACUGUAUUGCACGAAUUUGUGACUGUAACGGGGCUGUGUACAACUGGCUCCAGUUGAUCGAGGGCUGAAUAACGCUAUCCACCGGACAAAUUGCUAUCUAAUGGAUAAGUGUUGACAAAACAAACCACGUUAUCCGCUGGAUAGUGAUUUCUUCAGUGGAUAGCGUUAUCCUUGGCUUGUUUGGUGUAUUUUGUGUGAAAAGACAUUGCAAGGCGCGCGGUUUAACCGCGCGAAACCUGGAUCUCGUGCAGAACUGAGCCAUUGUGCGCAAGCGCGUAGGUUUUAUUUUUAGUGAUCCAAAAUGGCGGACGAGACGAGCGGUGUUCAGCGAUCAAUUAGUAAAAUUAAGCAAUGGAUCGGCUGGUCAUGGACGUAUCUGUGGGGGUUUUGGUUUCUUCUGGUUAUCUUCUUGCUCUAUGUACUUCGCACUCCACUUCGCCUGAAGGAAAACUUAAAUUUAGCUAUUCUAUUCCUGAACACAUUGACUCCUAAGUUUUAUGUUGCUCUCACGGGAACAUCUUCAUUCAUAUCUGGGAUAAUUCUUAUAUUUGAGUGGUGGUACUUUCGGAAGUAUGGUACAUCUUUCAUAGAACAUGUAUCGUUAUCUCAUCUUGGUCCACUGCUGGGUAGCUCUGAUAAUACACCACAGAAUACACAGCAGAAUGUAGCAGAGUGUAAAGUUUGGAGAAAUCCUGGAAAUCUUUUCCGAGGUGCAGAAUAUAAUAGAUAUUACUGGGUGACCGGAAAAGAACCGUUGACUUAUUAUGACAUGAAUUUAUCUGCUCAAGAUCAUCAGACAUUCUUUACUUGUGAUGCUGAUGCUGAAAGUGCAGAGCCGUCUGAUGAGUUAAUGUUAAGAGCGUGGCGAGAAAGAGAUCAAGAGAAGAGAAUCAAGACAGCUCAUCAAGCUUUAGAACAUAAUUCUAGUUGUCCUACAGCACUUAUUUUAUUAGCAGAGGAGGAGGCGCAAACCAUUUUAGAGGCUGAAAAGUUAUUCAAACAAGCAUUAAAGGCCAGUGAAGCCUUGCUAAGAAACAGUGCGUCUGUAAACCCUGACACAAAAGAGGAAGCCUUACACAGAAGAGACACCAAUGUGUGUGUUUAUAUAAGACGCAGGCUAGCCAUGUGUGCAAGAAAGCUUGGACGAGUCAAAGAAGCCAUUAAAAUGAUGAGAGAUCUUAUGAAAGAAUUUCCUCUCAUGAGUGUUCUUAACAUCCAUGAAAAUCUUCUCGAGGCUUUACUUGAAAUACAAGCUUACUCAGAAGUGCAGCAAGUUCUAGCCAAAUAUGAUGAUAUAAGUCUUCCAAAGUCAGCCACUAUAUGUUACUCAGCUGCUCUUCUCAAAGCGAGAGCAGUCUGCGACAAAUUCUCUCCUGAGAUCGCAGCAAAAAGAGGACUAAGUCCUACUGAGAUGGCGGCUGUGGAAGCCAUACAUAGAGCAGUGGAGUUUAAUCCUCAUGUUCCUAAAUAUCUUCUGGAGCAGAAGAGUCUGAUUCUACCUCCAGAGCAUAUUUUAAAACGAGGAGACAGCGAAGCGAUAGCUUACGCGUUUUUUCAUUUACCUCACUGGAAAAGGGUGGAAGGUGCUCUGAACUUACUACACUGUACAUGGGAAGGAACAUUUCGUCUCGUCCCCUACCCCCUGGAGAAGGGGCAUUUGUUUCAUCCUUACCCAGCAUGCACUGAGAACGCUGACAGAGAACUUCUGCCAGGUCAUCAUGAACUCUCCAUUUACCCCAAAAAAGAGCUUCCUUUCUUCAUUCUGUUUACUGCUGCCCUGUGCUCCUUCACUGCAAUGCUGGCUCUUCUUACGCACCAGUUCCCUGAACCUAUGGCUAACGCGGCCAAAACUUGUUUGAGCUGGAUUUCCACACCGCUAAACCUUAUCAUUCAGAAGCUUGAAGACUUCUUUCCUGCUCACAUCUGGCACCAGUUAACACGCAUCUGAUUGGGCUGAUCACGUGCUUUCAUGUCUGCCCUUUGAUUGGCUGUAUUUAACUCCAUAUUUGGAAGCAAAUCGCACGUGACGGGUUUUGUUUUUCUUAGCUGCGUUUGCUUGUUGAAAAACUUAAUUCUGCGUAUUUGCAAAUACAAAAAGAAACAGGUUUAUUAAGAGAAAGCGUAUUAAAGAGUAACUUAUAAAACUGGAGAAUGCCAUACUAACAUGGUAUUCGAGCAAAGUUAAAAUAUCGUCUUCAUGGCUUAUGUGUUGUCUCCUUACGUCAAUGAUAUUUUAACUACAGACGAAACGAACUAACAGAAAAUUAAACUAAGAGCUAUCACCUGUUACAUUUCAAGCAUAGUUGUCGAAAUAACAUAUUUCUUCAACCAUUAGUAAAUUAAUUGCUAUAUCGUUUAAGCUGUCAGAAUAUAUUUAUGUAGUUGAAAAUGUUCACAAGAAGAUUGUUGAAUAUUAAAAGUUUAAUUCUUCAAACAAAUUCUGACGUUGC